UGUUUGUAAACAUGGUCCGAAAAUACAAUUGGUGUGUGGCGUCUACCACAAAAUUAAUAGAGAUGUAUGAAGCUGAUGAGGCGCUUUACAAUGUGAGGCACCCUGAAUAUAAAAAUAGAUUACGAAGAUUGGAGAGCUACAAAAAUAUUAUUAGCUGUGACAUACGGCCUGGGUGCACGGCUGACGACGUUAAAAAGAAAAUUAAUGGCCUCCGCACAAGUUACUCCUACGAGAAAGCAAAAGUUCGUAUCGGCAUAUCUCUUCCUUUUUAUUAACGCAAGACUAAAGUUCCUCAACCAGGCCACAGAGGAGGACGAGAGUGUCUAAUAUCGAGAGCACAGAAAGUGGAAGUGAACGAGGUACACCAACAUUCGAAGAAAUGUUUGAGCAUGAAAUGCAGGCUCAACAAGAACCUUCUGUCACAUGCAAUGAGCCACAGCUCCAGCAUCAAGAGCGGCCUCCCACAAGAAGAAGGAAGGGCACAACAGAUGUUGCAACAGAUGUCAUUGUGGAGGCCAUCAGGACACUGAAGGCUGUGGCUGAUAUGGCCAGGACUCUGCCCCAACCUGUCCAAGAAGACCGCUACAGUGCCUGUGCCAUCCACAUCACAGCUGAACUGCGUGACAUGGAUAAUGUGAGUGGUAAGGAAUUUACUAAGGGCACAAUACAUGGUUUGCAGCGAUAUUUGAUGGACAGAUGAGAUUUGCUGCAUGCGACAACUCAACAAGCACAACCGUCUGCCUCUGGAUAUAGCCAGGUUGCCUUGCAGCAGGCUGGUAUAGAAGUUUUUUUUAGCUCUCCAGUCUUCUUAAUCUAAUUUUGUACUCAAGAUGCCUCAUGUUGUAAAACACCUAAUCAGCUUCAUACAUCUCUAUUCAUUUUGUAGUUUCGACACCAAUUGGU